AUGAGAAGGAUCCACAAAAUUCGAGUAGCAUUGUUUCUUGCUAUUGUGAUUUCCCUAAAUUUCCUCAUUUGGAACCAAGGUACAGAUUUACAAUAUUCAAAUCUAAGAACAUAUCCAGAGAACAUUAAUAAACGAAUUCGACCCACGACUUUUACUUCAAGUCAAUUUGACACCAGACUAGAAGAAAAUCUUAGCAAGGAAGAUGUAAAAGAGGUAGCCAUUAUAACACCAGAGGACUUCAAUAUUAUUGAAUUACCUUCUGCAAUACCCGAUUAUCAACCAUUCGAUGCCCGGUUCACCCUUGGCUUAUUGUUGCAUUAUCUUGACCAAUCUAACAUAGACGAACUACCUGGAUUCAACUGGGCAGAUUUCACAAGUAUGGAACCAUUGGAAAAGUAUCUUUUCAGUGUGAAGCUGUCUUGUUCUGAUUUUGAUAUCCGAACAAAAAACAAGACCAGGGAUGAAAAAGAACAAAGGUGGGAUCCUAAGCGUUACUGCAUUAAUGAUGCUGAUAUACCGAGCUUAAUUGAAACUUCAAAAAAUGAGGAAUUGGUUAAAAAUUUGAAAUAUAUUCAAGAACAAAAGUAUUCAACAGGAUUUCACAUGUUUACGAAUUGCGGUAGGCAAUCCUUUGAGUUUCGGCCCAUAGUAGCUAAAUCCUAUCUAUACGAUUUCAUGCAAUCACCACUAUCAUUAGUUCUUUUGUUCCCUGAAUCUAAGACAUUCCAAAUUGAUAUAAAUCAAGACAAGAAACUAAAAUUAGCUGAAUAUGUUGAUGUAGUAGAAGAAUCUAUAAACGUUAGGGAUCAACUUAGAAAGUUUAUGAAUACUUUACCUAUGAAAGAAAACCAUAUACCAUACAACAUAGAAUUAAGUCACGAGGACUUUAUUGACAAAUCACCCCAAAUAAUAGAAAGCUUAGAAAACUCAGAAGAACCAUUAUCAAAAAGAGAUCAAUUAUAUUUAGAAAGAUUAAAGUUUUCCAGCGCAGUAGUUGGAAAUCCUUAUAAGACUUUCGGGGAGGCUAAGAUAAUACAAAGUCAAAAGGGGUCAAAUGUCGGUGGCCAUUAUGAUUGGAGAUUUUUUAAUGGAAAUACAAAAGGGACUUUUAAAAAUGACAUGUCUAUUCACGCAUUAAUAAAGGCGUUUUUCAAAUUAGCAAGUGUAUACAAUAUUAGAUGUUGGAUUGUGCAUGGAUCAUUGUUAUCAUGGUAUUGGGAUGGUUUGAAAUUCCCUUGGGAUGCCGAUGCUGAUAUUACUAUGCCAAUUGAUGACCUACAUAAGUUGACUAGACAAUUUAAUCGGAGUCUUAUUGUUGAUUUCGGUAAUGAUAUAGAUCUGCAAAUCCGGUAUGGUAGAUACUUUUUGGAUUCGACAGUUUUUAUUAGUAGGAGAACCAAAGAGAAUGGAAAGAAUAAUAUCGAUGGAAGAUUCAUCGACAUAGAUACCGGUGUUUAUAUUGAUAUAACCGGGUUAGCGUUAACGGAAACUAAAGCUCCCGAACGUGAUGACUACUUACUAAAGGCAACAAAAUAUGAACGCGACUCUGAGAGAAAUAUUCCAAAUAAGUCAAUCACCGAAUACGACGUGAAUUCAUUCUUGCAAACUUAUAACUGUAAGAAUAACCAAUUUUUCAGCUUGAAAGAAGUGAGCCCAUUAAGGCUUUCUUUGUUUGAAGGAGAAUACAUGUAUAUCCCGAAUCGUGUAACUAAAGUUUUAACGAAUAAAUUUUCCCCAAAAUCACUCAUCAAUAAAGAAUAUAUGGGUUAUACAUAUAUACCAAUAUUGCGACUUUGGUUGAAAACGGAUAUGCUUUUUGACUUCUUAGCAGCUAAUACAAGGAAGACCAAGAAACAAAUCAAAGAUAAAAUGAAGGUUCCAGAAUUAAAUGAGGAACAAUGUUUGGAAUUAUUAAAAUCAAACAAGGAUAUACUAGUACAAUAUUUGAGAACAAGAAGGGUAACGGAGUACCACGACAAUGAAAUCAGGAAGAUCCUACAAGAUGAAUCUACCGAGUCAUUAAAUUUUGAAGAAGGAAUCUUGAUAGACAAUAGGGCAGAACUUAGAGCUGAUCAAUUCACCUGGAACGCGCUAAAUGAAUCAAACAGUUAUGACAAAGUUUGGGAACGAGUCAAUAACUUAAUCAGCAAAUAUGAAGAGAAUGGUAAACAAGUAGUGGAAGUCACGUUUGGGCCCGACGUCAUACCCGUAGAGAAGGAAGAAACCAAAAACGAGAAUUCGAAAGACGAGUCCCCGAAAAAGAAGACAGGCAAGAAGAAAUAG